CUUUUCAGUUCAGUGAAAGCGACAGCGAGCGAGCGAGCGAGCUGGCGAGUCGAACGAGUUCUUCCGCGAGUUACGUUCAAUUAAUAACGCGAACACCUUUUGUGCACUUACGGGCUCUUAGAUUUAUCCUCUUCGCUCCGAUAAGAACGAAACAAUCGGUGAUCAGGGUGACGAGUCGUGAUAUGAUUACCUAACUGGGAGGAGGAAGCUGGUCCCCUUCUGAUCGGGUCAUGUGGGACACUCGUGCCAACUCGUUCUCCAAAAGUGGCAGGACCAGAUGGUCCUACGAUGCUUACUCUACUUCCGAGGAUCGCAACAGGACGAGUCAUCCUCCUGCGACGCAGGAACAGCAACGUUGUUUGACGAACAACGCGCAGCAACGUUGCUGCGCGAACGUUCAACAACGUUCCGCAGGGAGCUAUCGCCAGCAACGAUCUUCCUGGCAGCAGGACGAUCGCUUGUGCGAAGUGAGCAUAUCAUCCGCCCGCGCAUCGGUGAUGGUAUACGACGACGUAAACAAGAAAUGGAUACCGAGUGGCAGCUCGUCCGGCCUGUCCAAGGUCCAGCUCUAUCACCAUCAGGUGAACAAUACGUUCCGCGUGGUCGGCAGGAAGCUCCAGGACCACGAGAUCGUUAUCAACUGCGCGAUUCUGAAGGGGCUCAAGUACAAUCAGGCGACGGUGACGUUUCACCAGUGGCGGGACAACAAGCAGGUCUACGGGCUCAACUUCUCCAGUAAGGAUGACGCCGACGCCUUCGCCCGGGCGAUGCUCCAGGCACUCGAUGUGCUGAGCAACGGCAGCAACAUAUCACGAAGUCUCGCACCGACCACCGCCACGACCACUCAGCAGCAGACCGUCUAUCAGCAGCAACAGCAACAGCAGCAGCAGCAACAGCAAAGUCAAGCGACCGCUCAAUAUGAAGAGGACAUGGGAUACAGAACCAUGACCAGAGAGGACGUGGCAAUAAUUCAGGAACGCAGAAUGUCCCAGCAAAGUCAAGCAACCGGAAGUCCCAAUCCUAUAUCUCCAAGCUGUCCGCCGACCGCUCAGCAGCAGCAACAGCAACAGCAGCAACAGCAGCAGCAACAGCAAUCCGGUCACCAUCGAACCUCGUCGGCACCUCCGGCGCCGCAGCCGCCUCAGCAGCAGCAAUCGGCCUUGAUGCAGGUCGGAAUGGCUGCGGCUCCUCCGCAAAUGUCCACCGGACCACCUGUACCACCGCCCCAGCCUCCAAUCGCGCCCCCUGCCCCGCCCUGUCCUCAAGGAAUGAUGAACUUUGCCUCAUCCGCGGUCCCGGCGCCGCCGAUGAUGAUGAACCAGUACGCGCAGUCACCGUCGUCCCAAUCGUCCCAGUACAAUCCCGCGGGUCAGUACGGCGCCGCUCCUACGAGUAACCAGUACGCGAGCGCCGCUCCUGGCGCCGCCGGAACCGGCGGGACCAGCAACGUCGUCGGCCAGAGCCCGAAUCAGUACCCGCAGGGGUCCGGCCAGGGCAAUUUCUACGGCAACAGUCAGACGAGCAAUUACACGGCAGGACAGGCUAACGCGGCCCAGUACAACCAAUCGACCGGCAAUCAGGGCGCGCAGUACAGCGGCCCUGGCGGUAAUCAAUACGGAAGCAGCGGCUCGAUAAAUCAGUACGCGGCCGUGCCGCCGCCGCCUGGACCGGUAAGCCAAUACGCGACGGCGGUCGCGCAACCCGGUCAAUCGCAGUACCAGGCGCAGUACGGCGCUACCGGCGGCCAGGCGGUGCCCGCGGGCGCCGCGAACCCGUACGGGACGCCCGUCAACUCGGUGAACCAGUACGCGGCCGGUGGCGUGCACCACGCGGUCGGCGCCAACGCUUUCCCGCCCGGUAGCGGCGGUCCGCCGCCACCUCCGAUGGUACCCCUGACCGGAAUCGCCGCGCCGCCUCCGCCGCCGCCGCCCCCGGUGCCGAACGCGAACAGUUCCGCCGCCUCGGCCUCGUCCGGAGCGUCCUCGAGCGACCCGCCGCCCGAUACCAACUCCCUGGCCGCCGCUCUUCAAGCUCGCCUCAAGAAGAAACAGCAACAAUCGCAACCGGUGGAAAACAGCGGCUCGAGCACCAGCAGUAGCAGCAGCGGCGGAGGAAGCGGCAAUUACGGAACUUUAGGAAGAGGCGGAGGCGGCGGAAUGGCUUCCAUGAUGGACGAGAUGGCCAAGACUCUGGCGCGUCGACGAGCCGCCGCAGAGAAGAAGCAGCCGGAACAACCACCGGAGCCGGAAAGUUCGCCGGACAAAAAGUCAACCUGGGACAAGAAUAACACGUCGAACAACAAGUUCUCCAACGGCGCCGAAUCCCCGAAAUCGGUACGCAAGAGGUUCGGUUCCGCUUCGGAAGACACCCUCCUCAAGGUGAACGGGGUCAACGACGGGACCUCGUUUACCGCGCAAGAGAUGGAGGCCUUCAAAGUGGAGAUAAUCAAGGAAGUGCGCAAAGAGUUCCAGAAAAUGAAGCAAGAGAUAAUCGACGUGGUGAGAACAGAACUAAAUAAGAGAUAAAGAAGACGAGAUAAAAGAAAGGAGACGGAGCCGAACUGUCGAAGCCGAAGGGAAUAAGACAGAGAAAAAAGAAAUUCAAAAGAGAGAGAAAGAGAGAGUUUAAUGACUAGAUCCCUCCAUAUUGGGGCGACACUAUCGAGACUACCACAUAUACAGGUUUUUACUACGUAUUUGCAACAGAAUGUAGUGUGGUUACAUUCUUGUAUAUCGGACACUUAUGUGUAAGUAAAUUAAUCCAAUUUAGUAUCUUAAGUGAUUAGUAAUCCUUUCGUUAUUAUAUAUAUAUAUAUAUAUAUGAAUAACAAUCGUAACGAAACGUUGAAUCAGUUGAGUUUCGUUUGAGAUUUUUUACGGGGGAAGAAAAAGAAAAGUUUCUCGAGAUACAAAAACACACACAGGCACAAAAAGGCUUUUUCGAGAAAUCCUUACACAAGUUUCAAGCGAGAGGAAUGUUUUACAAUGAAGAUAUAAAAUAAAUACACGCACAAUGAGACUAUUACCAUUAAAUCGCUUUGUAGAUGAAAGAAAGUAAUAUCGACAAAGACCAAAAAAUGGUGUACUAUUUAUAAAUAUGUAUCAAUCUUCUAUACACAAAAAACACACGUAUAAAAAAUAUCUACGGUAAAUAGUCAUCACAAUUUUGACGAGUUUAUAAAAAAAAAAAAACGAGUCGAGCGA